UUUUCCAAGAUGGCAGAAGUCAACAUGUAGGGUUAAGCUUAGCUGAUAGUGAUAACUUCAUUUUAGGUUUAUUUUUUUUAUAUUUAUAAUUAAACCUUGCUGUACUAUAAUGGCUGAUAAAAAUAGUGUACGAAGAGGUGGCCGACGGACAUCCAGACCUUCCAAACGUGAUAAAUGUGAUACACCAAAUGUAACAAGUGCCUCUAGUGAUGUAGUCUCGACUGAUAGUGCAUCAACGAAAUCAUAUGUGCCUCAAGAAAAUACUUGUCUCCCCAGUUCUGAAAGAACUGUCAUUGGUAGAGAAUUGUCUCCUCCUACCAAAGAAGUGCCUUCGUCUAUACCGUCCUCCAAAGUUAUCAUUCAGAAAAUUCGACAGAAAAUUGGUGCCAAAGAUCCUAAUGACCUGGAGUUUGAUAACAAUGUCAGACCUGAAGCUGAUGGCAGUGAAGACAACGAUCCAGAUAUCGAGGAGCUUUCCAAAUUGAGAUGUCCUUCCGUCUGUACAGAGGUGAUUGCUGAGAAGGAGAAGCGAAGACAGAAGCGGCAGAGACGAUGUGCCGACUACCCAGGGCUUGCAUUCGGACGCUCGGUCUUCAGCUCGGAUACAAUGAUGAAAUUCACCAUGAUCUACAAUGAGCUACAUAACACGCUGAAUUCUCAAUUAAAAAGGGCUGAGAGUGAAGUAGCUGCAUUAAAUCGUCGUAUCCAACUUUUGGAAGAAGAUUUAGAGCGUUCAGAGGAGCGUCUUGCCACAGCCACAGCCAAGCUUGCCGAAGCUUCACAAGCAGCCGAUGAAUCAGAACGGAUACGGAAAGCUCUUGAAAAUAGAACAAAUAUGGAAGAUGAUAGAGUUGCAGUUCUAGAACAGCAAUUACAACAAGCCAGAUAUAUAGCCGAAGAUUCUGAUAAAAAAUAUGAAGAGAUUGUGUCAAGGAUUUCAAGGUAAAGCCUUUACCUUAACGAACUGAACUUAUUGAUUACGAAUAUGAUUUAACGAAACGAACGAGCCUUCGUUUGAAAAACGAUGGAAUGCCUAAUGCAUUAGUUCUUGCCAGAACAGUAUUUAAGACAUCUGAUGUUUUAACCUGUGGAUGAAUCACGAAAGCAAAUCUUUUCUGUGUCUGAUUUCAUUCGAAGCUUUUUGGAAGCUAUUCUCUACUGUCCUUAACUUAAAUAAGUUAGUUGCCUCUGACAAAUCUCAUCAAAUUAAGUGAGAAGUCAGUGGGCUUUCUUCACCUGACAUGUCGUAUGGUGUCUUCUUGUGUCUCGAUAGAUUUUUUGAAAACCAGAGUUAAAGAUAAUCUCUGCAUGUUUGUAAGGCAUAUUCAAGGUGCCUUAUUCCAAGCUUUUUUCUCAAAUUCUCCCUUGUGCAUUAUGCAAAAAAAUUAAUUUUUGCAUAGAUGAAGCUCUGUUUGAAUUUGAAAUUAAAAAUGAUGUCAGAAACAUUAUGAUAAGAGCAAUGAAUUCUGGAAAAAAAUCACUCGGCUUAAAUUUUUAUUCGCAUAAUUAUUAAAUCACAACUUUAUUGUAAAUGCUCAGAAUGUCCCACAAAAUUUUUUGAAAAUGGUAUCCUUUGUUUGACUUCUGAAUAAUGCUUAACAUUAUAACAGCAUUUAGUAGAAUGAAUUAAGACCUCAGCUGUACUAUGAAAAUCUAAAAAUCUAAAUCCUCUUGCACAAAUAAUCAUGAUUGUCUUGGAAGACUGUGCCGCAACAGGAAAGGAGGAAAAAAGAACCUGUGAAACGAUUUGCCUCAUGACUCAAUUACAAAGAACGUAAUGAUUAGAAUUAGAACAUUUCUCAAUCCAAAGGGGAAAAAUCCAUCCUAGUUUAUAAUUGUGGCUUUUUAACGUUUCAAUUUUUGGAAUAAAGCAAUCUUUGUAGCCUCCUUAUUAUCAAGAUCAACAUGAGGAGUUUCAAAAUUUGUGGAUACUAUCGAUCUUGUUAUCACUCAUGUUGUAUGCCUUUUUAUUGAUUUCUUUUUGUACGUUUCGAAAUGUUGCAAGAUUGAUGAACCUCAUGUGUAAAACUACUGAAUAUUUAUCAAAUGGAGGGAAUUUACUUUACUUUACUUGAAACAACAAAGUCAUUUUAACUGUUAGAAUGUAACGAACUGAAGUAUUACCUUUCUCAAACUUCAGAUUGAAAGUGAACCCUCUCAAAGUACAAUUUGUUCCUUCCUUCCCUUGAACGCAUCAUCAGACAGUAAUACCAGCCACUGCAUUUAUGGAGGCAAAGUUUACCAGGGGUGCAGAAAGUUCAUCAGUGAACACUUUCACCAGCAAAACACUAAUUUUCCCUAAGCACUAUUACACUGCGCAGUCAAAGUAGUUCUGACCAAAAAUCAGCAUGGUCAAAGUAAAUUUGACAAAAGUUAAGUGCAAGUGAAGUAAUUUUAAUAAAAAUAAGUGCAAUUAAAAUUAAUCUGACUAAAUUUGAUCAAAAAAUCAGUGCGGCUACAGCCGGAGUUUACAUUAUUCACACGCGAGAUGUAUUUCGCCAGAUCAUGAACAUUUUGCACCCCUUCCAGUUGUCAGAUGAUAAUUUUGUACCUAGCAAGAUUCAAUUCAGAACCAAUGAAUCAUUAAUAAAACGGAAAUGUCAAUGCCAACAACUAAACUUAUUGUGAUGCUGGUGUAAUCCAUAGGGUCCAUUUCAAAAUCGAAUACAGCAAACUAAUGUAAGAAGUCCAUAAUAGCACCUGGACUAAUUUCUCUAUCCUGCCAGCCCACGGGAUGAUUGUGUAACUUCACUUGGUCACGUGAAAACUCCUUGGAGUCCCUUUGUAGUGAACCAGAAUUAUCAAGGAGACCUAAAACUAUUUUAGCAGGACAUGAUAAAAGUGAGGGACCAGGAACCUAAAUUGAUCAAACUGGAAAUCUUAAAAUUUUGUUGUAUGAAAUGUUGCUUGCUCUGUAGUUUACGAACCUCUAAGACUGAUCUGUUAAAUGGCAUCAGCUAAGUUAAUUUUUCAACAUUUCUGUGAUUUAAGAAAGACAUUUUAAGUACCUAUGGAAGCCCAAGGGAAUUCAAACCUAAAUCAAUUUAGUGUUACUUAGUAAAAUGGAUCAAAAUUGUAAUUUUAUUUUCAAGCUGUUCUACUGAAAUAACUCAUCAACAAGCUCUAAAUCGGUGAAUAUACUAUUUAAGUUGGGGACCUUGGAAUGUCUUAUGUUGAAGAAGAAUAAUCACAGAUAAUUUAGUCUCUGCACAUUAUGAAAGCAUUAGUUUGAUAGUUAAAAACUAAAUUUUAACUACCUCUUUCCCAACAAUCUUCAUGGCUUAUAAAAGUACCCUUGUGACUCACAAAUGAGAAUCAGGAAGGUCAAAUUGUUGCAUCAUUUGUCAUAUCUUCUAGUGAAGGUCUCCAAGUUGAAUGUGAAAGCCAUCGUGAUUCUUGUUUAAGCUGUAGCUGUUACUUUCCAAAGAGCUAUUAUGAGAGAAAAAAGCGAUAUUUUUUUAACAGUCCUUUAAGGGGUCGCCCAUAAAUUUUGCAACAUUAUUGUCACAGUAGGGAGGUGUGAUAGUUGGUGCAAAAGGAAUAGGAGCUGUAUCAAAUCCAGGGGUAUACACUGGUCCUAAUGAAAAAAAAAUUGAAAUAUUAAGGAGUUGAAGAUUCUGUUAUGCUCUUUUGGGACUGGCGAUGCAGCGUAUAUUAGAAGGAAUGACCAUUGUUUAGCCAGUAUUUAUAAUUGUCCAGAAAUCCACUGUUUUGAUACAAGUACACUAUAAAAAGGAUUUCGUUUUAAAAAAAAAAAAAUGUAAAGAAAGUGUAUUUUAUUUUUCAUGAAUGAAAAUACUUGAAUGGUAGAAUCUUUUAGCUCAUGAAUGCACCCACAUCGCUAGUGUCUGCAAAUUUUUUCUUAGUGAAUCGUAGAAUAGUCCCUUAAUGUAACGUAAUGAAUUUUGCAAGGAAACAAAAGACUCACAAUCAGUUGGCCCUUCGUUUUUGUUUUUUUUUUUUUAUAUGCCACCAAGUGGUUAUCAUUUUGUUGUGUAAGAAAAAGCAAUUCGUAAUAUUCAAGCUGUGUUUUGAGCCUUAGGAAAUGCUCUGAUAGCAUCAGAUUCUUACUUUUUUGCUUCCCGUUUUUCUUUUCUAACAUGUAUGCAUAAUCUAUUCCCUAGUUGGUAUCUACCUAUAUAGUCUUCCAUUUAUAAUUACCAAAUGAAAGUGGGUGAGAGGUUGUGAAUUUUGAGGGAAGUGAAAGCUUAAACUGUAAUGGCGAUUUCUAUGAAAUACAAGGAAUGUUUUAGCUGUAGAUAAUUCUCGGCAACUGUGACAAUUCUGGACAGAUUCUGUUACUCUUUAUGGUUUAUUAAAAAUAUUUCGCUUCUCUCAACCAACCGUAUCUUUGAACCAAGCUCCCCUUGAAGAAUUCAAUUAAAACCCAUGUAGUAUUUCCUUAUUUCUAGUCCUUUGUCAAAAUUUGUUUUAUCAUCUAUUGUAAACAGAUUCUCAGGGCAAACUUCUAGUAGAAAGAUAAUUUUAUGAAUUUUCAUAAGAUGACGUUUUUACUUCAGAAAUGGGAUUUUUUUUUGUCGUUUUGUGUUUCUUCCUCUUUUUAAUUAAUUUAAGGUUUAAAUUAUAUUUUAACCAAAAUUGUAGUUAGAUAAAUCGCAUAUUUGUCAAACUCGGUAUUCAGGCAAUCUAUUCAUUUGUAAAACAGGCCCAAAAAAGUCAAAAUGUUUAAAUUACCUUAAUAUUUUAUCUACUUACAUACCUGAAAACUAUAUUUCUCCAAUUUGUUUCCAUUAUUUUCGCAGAAAUAGAACAAAAUAUUAGGUUUCCAUUUGGGUUGUAUGUUUAUCCCAUCCUAUUUUUAAAAGGGUGUUACUGUGAUAAGUAAUAUAAGAGAAGUUUUAGGUUUUUGUUAGAUAUUGUGCCGCUGCUAAAGCUACGGAUGUUUAAUAGAUGACUCCUUUGCGCAAGAUUGAGAAUGUUUCACUGCGUUCAGUUUCUAAAACUUCAGUCUGUUUUCAAAAGUCAUCAUUUGUUUUUUUCUUGUCAUCCCCAUUAAGUUGGGCCAUGGAAACAAGCAACAAGAUAAUGAAGCAUAAUAAUUUCAGGAGAUAAAUGUUCAACUUCCAUUUUUUGAAAUGAAAUUUCAAAUGAAAAGUAACGAAACUCUGAAUUGUCUCGUCAAGGUGCAAAAAAGGCUCGAUCAACAGAUCACAGGAGAAAUGCAAAGGCAACUGAUAAGAGUGAAAAUGCAGAGGCAGUAGGCAUUCAGAAUUUUCCUUUCGUAAAUUUUAUUCAAAUUCCCUCUUUGUAAUACAAAUGAAUGUGCUACUUAUUGUGAAGGAAGUAGUGAAGCGCGCUCUUUUAUGCAUAGAAAAUAGUGAAGCAGGCAGUAUUACGUGGUCAGCAAUGUGGAUGCAAAAAACUUUCUGUAUCUGUUGUUCAAUCCUGCAAAACGCCUCUCAUUGUAAUUUGUUCCAAAAUCAAGACAUAAUAAGUCAGUAGACAGUUUGAAAUUAAUAGAUUUUUACCAGCUAUUCAGUCAUCACAGCUCUUCCACUUUUAUUGUUAUUUCUACCUAUUUUUUACUUUAUUUCUUGUAAGGAAUUAAAAACUUUAUCUCUUAGAAACCAAGUAAGUACAGUGGGCUGAUAAAUCAUACAAGCCGUAGGUCACCUAGUCUUCCAUCUUAAGAGGUCUGCCGAAAUCUCAGGAGUGAUAAAAUUUGAAAUUUAUGUGAUACGUAUACCCUAACUGCACUAAAAUAUGUAGCAAUAUUCCAUCAGAAUGUGAAAGGUCUGACAGUCCUUAUCGGGAAAAGCAGGGACUUACUGUAGUGCUUCUCAUCAUGCAGUUCAAACGUCAGCCAUUUUGUGUUCACAGUCAUCUUGAGGUAUCAUAUUGCCGUGCCAACAGAAACCAUCCCAAAAGGAAAUUUCUAUGUAGCUAAAUUUUAGCACUCAUCUUCCAACAUAUAAGUUUUGGACCGUAUUGGUCUCAGUUUCGUCUUCUUGAUCCAAACAUUGAUGUCGCCCUACAUCAUUAAACAUUUAAUCUUAAAGGUGUCCGUUUUCUUUGACUACGAAAAAUAAUAGAUUCUAAAUUCCUUUUCUUCAAAGCCUUGUAAGUUUCUCUGUACAUCUUAUAAGUAUUCAAAUUUGUUGUGCCAAGUCUCCUCUCAUAAAGAGGCCUCCUGUAUGUCAAUGAUGGCAAAAAGAUCCAUGUAAACUGUCCAGUAACCCGAAAAGAGUUUAUGAUUUGAUGGAUUCUUCGCAACUUAGGUUUCACGGCAUUAUUGGUUAAAAUUUGUCGGUUGUCAGCCUUACUUUAUGAUAGGCUAAUCUGGCUCCUAUGAAAAAAAAGGAGAACCACAUUUAUCUUCGACUUAUUACUAUUAUAAAGCCACUAGUGAGAUUUUCUUAGUGAAAGAUUUCCCAAGUUGAAUCAAGUGAUCUUUUACUAUUCUCUUAGCAUUGAAGUAGAAUGAUGUAGCAUAGUAUAGACAGCAAAUGUAGAAUCCUCUACAAUCCACUGUCAACUCCAAUUUUCAAAAGUCUAUGGAACGUAUCGGUAGACAUUUCCAUUGUGGAUCUCAGUUUGCUGUACAUUAAUGGUUUUUUUUUUUUGCUCUCUUUUUUAAGUUUCCAUCAAAAACUAAACCAGGUUAUGAAAAUUCACUCAAUUUUAAAAGUGAAACUGUCUCUCAGUUAUAGUAGUCAACGGUUUGUUUUUCUAGUAAAAUGACAAAUCUACUCACAAUCACAGUGUCAGAGUGGACGACCUGUUAAUGUCUUUGCAAGAUCAAAAAAAUCAUUUUCAUGGUUAAAAAUAGCAGAUUCCAACUUAAUCAAAGCAUGCAACCAUAAUGAAGAGGUAGUUGUAGUUAUCUAUGCAAAGCUUUGCUUGACCUGUAAUCAGAAAUCUGGUCCAUCUAUUACUCCUAAGAACUUAACUUAAAUGUCCAGGGAUUGAAGAAAUGCAACCGAGAUGGUUCAUUCGGGAAACGAUAAGAGAAUUCUGCACCCUGUUUCAAUUGGAGGUAUUUAAAUAACUACAAACUUGAAGAUUCCUGGUUUUGCAAGAGAUAUAAGGUCAUCGUUUUGUCCAGAAACUGUGCCUUAUUUAAGAUUUUUGUUCUUAGUCUUAGCUUGGUUACCUUUGCAAGUUGGUGCUAAGACGAAUGCUGAAACUACUUAUAGUGUCUAUCUUUUUUGUAUUGUAAAUAGUUAAACUUCUUGGUUCUUACUGUUUUUUAUCUCUGUUAAACCAGACUCUUAAGUAAGGAUUGUUAUUUAUCAUAUAAUUUAUUCAAACCAAUAACUCUUAUUAUUAAUAAAAUGACUUUAUUUUUAUCA